AUGCCCACCUGGCCCUGGGGGCUGCUGCUGACCGCAGGCACGCUCUCCGCCGCACUGAGCCCAGGGCUGCCGGCCACCGCCGACCCCUGCUAUGAUGAGGCGGGUGAACCCCGCUGUUGUAUUCCGGGCCUAGUGAACGCUGCUCUGGGCCGAGAGGUGCUGGCGUCCAGCACGUGCGGGAGGCCGGCCAAUCGCGUCUGCGAUUCCUCGGACCCGCAGCGGGCACACUCUGCAGACCUCCUGACCUCUGCUCCGGGCACUGCAAGUCCUCUCUGUUGGCGCUCCGAUUUGCUGCAACGGUCACCCUUCAACGUAACCCUCACGGUGCCCCUGGGGAAGGCUUUUGAGCUGGUCUUCGUGAGCCUACGCUUCUGCUCGGCUCCCCCAACCUCCGUGGCCUUGCUUAAGUCGCAGGACCAUGGCCGCAGCUGGGUCCCCCUGGGCUUCUUCUCCUCCAGUUGUAGCCUGGACUAUGGCCGUCCGCCUGCUCCUGUUGAUGGCCCUGCUGGUCCAGGGCCAGAAGCCCUCUGCUUCCCAGCCCCCCAGGCCCAGCCUGAUGGUGGAGGCCUUCUAGCCUUCAGUGUGCAGGAUGGCAGCCCGCAGGGCCUGGAUCUGGACAACAGUCCCGUGCUCCAAGACUGGGUGACUGCCACAGAUAUUCGCAUAUUACUCACAAGGCCUGCCACACUGGGGGACAUAAGGGACCGGGAGGUCACAGUCCCUUAUUCCUACUCAGCUACUGAGCUCCAGGUGGGAGGUCGAUGCAAGUGCAAUGGGCACGCCUCACGGUGUCUGUUGGACAGCCAUGGCCACCUGAUCUGCGACUGCCAGCAUGGCACAGAGGGCCCUGACUGCAGCCGCUGCAAGCCCUUCUACUGUGACAGGCCAUGGCAGCGGGCUACAGGGCAGGAAGCCCACGCUUGCCUUGCUUGCUCCUGCAAUGGCCAUGCCCGGAGAUGCCGCUUCAACAUGGAGCUGUACCGACUGUCUGGGCGCCGCAGUGGGGGUGUGUGCCUCAACUGCCGGCACAAUACUGCUGGUCGCCACUGCCACUACUGCCGGGAGGGCUUCUAUCGUGACCCAGGCCGUGUCCUGAGUGACCGCCGUGCUUGCAGAGCUUGUGACUGCCAUCCAGUUGGUGCUGCUGGCAAAACCUGUAACCAGACCACUGGCCAGUGUCCCUGUAAGGAUGGUGUUACUGGCCUCACCUGUAACCGCUGUGCCCCAGGCUUCCAGCAGAGCCGGUCUCCUGUGGCGCCCUGUGUUAAGACCCCCGUCCCUGGACCCACUGAAGAAAGCAGUCCUGUGGAGCCACAGGACUGUGAGUCACAUUGCAGACCUGCGCGUGGCAGUUAUCGAAUCAGCCUGAAGAAGUUCUGCCGAAAGGACUAUGCGGUGCAGGUGUCAGUGGGUGCGCGCGGCGAGGCCCGCGGCGCGUGGACACGCUUUCCGGUAGCAGUGCUUGCUGUGUUCCGCAGCGGGGAGGAGCGCGCUCGGCGCGGGAGCAACGCGCUGUGGGUACCAACCCUAGACGCCGCCUGCGGUUGCCCGCGCCUUCUACCCGGCCGGCGUUACUUGCUGCUGGGGAGCGGGCCCGGGGUUGCAGCUGGAAGCACAGCGGGCCGGGGACCCGGACUCAGCGCAGCCCGUGGAAGCCUCGUGCUGCCUUGGAGAGACGCCUGGACUCGGCGCCUCCGGAGGAUGCAGAGGCGCGAGCGGCGGGGGCGCUGCGGGACCGCCUGA